GGCGGCGGCGGCGGCACAGGAUCCGCGGCGAACAGCAUGCAGGACUACGAGAGCAAGUUCUCGCUGCUGAGCCUGUUCAAGAAUCCCUACAAGUUUGCCGGAGGAGAUGGCCAGACGUCGCGCAAGACCUCGCCCACUGGCGGCUCCGGCAAGCCCCUGACCUCCAACUCCUCGACCAGCUGGAAGAGCUACGCCGCAUCGGCCUCGCCACACGCCGCCCUAAAUCCCGCCUUCGGGGGCAUGGCCCGGGGUGCAACGCGCAAGGAUAGCAGCAGCUUCAGUGGGAUUAACUUUGGCGGCGGCAGCUCCGCCUUCGGAUUCACCAGCUCCUCCGAUUCGAUGGCCAACGGCGGCUACAAUGAUCUCUCCAAGAACCGCAAGGUGCACAAGUGCGACACCGAAGGAUGCGACAAGGUGUACACCAAGAGUUCGCACCUCAAGGCGCACAAGCGAACGCAUACAGGUGAGAAGCCGUACGUGUGCACGUGGGAGGGCUGCAUCUGGCGCUUCGCCCGAUCGGAUGAGCUGACCCGCCACUACCGGAAGCACACGGGCGUGAAGCCCUUCCGCUGCCAGCUGUGCACCCGGAGCUUCAGCCGCUCGGACCACCUGUCGCUGCACAUGCGCCGCCACUGAGGAUUUGCUACUGCCUAUCUGGCCAUACAUACGAACUACUCACAUCCGAGAAUACUCAUCUGAGAUGCUGUCGUGGAGCAGCUCUUGACUAUUUAUACGCACUCGAAUCACUUCCAUUGAUCAUUCACUGAGACCAGAUAUUCCAUGUCGCCUAAGUAGCUCAAUUUAGACCUUAAGAGGGCUCAAAGCCCAACUUAGACGUAGCUUAGACUAUAGUUUUGUGGCGGAAAGAUUUGUAAAAUUUUUCACAUUUUAAGCCCAGAGACAAUUGCCUUCAGAAGCCAAGUUAACAAAGUGGAUUUUUACCUACUAUACGCGUACAUAGACCUAACUGCAUAGGUAAAUAUAUACAUACUACGGAUAGUUUUGGAUUGGUGCUAGCAACUCGCGUGUACAUAGUUCUAGAUAAACAUAUACAGCCCCUAGAUCGGUAAGAUGAAAUUUAACUAAUUUUAGAUGAAAUUUUUAUUGGUUAUUAAGUAGAAAAUUGUAUACAGAAAAACAACAGAAGAGGCAAAACAACCCGAAAAGCAAAGCAAUAUUUAUAUAUAGAAAUACUCUCAUCUGCAGGGUAUUUUCAUCAUUUUGUACUAUACGCAUAUGGUGGAUAGUUAAUGAGGAUUUUUACUUAAAGGGGAUCGAUAAGGGAAGUGUUUGAUAGCGUCUUCUAAAACAACAUUGAUAGUUUGACACCUAAAGAUACCAUAACAUCGAUUUCCAAUAAAAAAAAGAAGCUGUAUUCAGAACCUUAGGUGCCUUAAAUUCUAUAACAUACUUCUUUAAAUUAAGAUAUUAAUUUUAAUUUCUUCUCUUGUUAAUCCUAUAAGUAUAUUUGUUCACCAAGUAAAGAUAUCUAGAUAUACGCUUUAAGCUGCCUUAUAGCCACGCAACGCACUGUACUCCCUGGCGAACCCCAAUAGCAAUUUGCCUCAUACCAACUGUCAUCAUAGAUUUUAGCACACUCAUAGACCAACAACAUACACACAAAA